AUGAUCGAUUCACCUUUCCGCAUUGCAACGAUUGGCGAGUCAUCAGUUGGAAAGACAUCAAUUAUCAGAAUUGUUAGUGGUGAUAAAUUUGAUGCAACAGAAUCAACAACGGCUGGCGUAGAUUUCGGUCAAAUUAUUAAAAAGGUAGAUGGAAAAACUGCCACUCUAGAAAUCUGGGAUACUGCUGGACAGGAAAGGUUUAGAUCUCUUGUUCCAGUAUAUUGCCGUAAUGUCAACGCAGCUCUUGCUGUCUUCGAUAUCAGCGCACCAGAAUCAUUUGCCAAACUUGGCUCUUGGAUUGAAUUAUUCAAGUCUCUUGGUGAUGAUAGAAGAUUGGUUUUCAUUGUUGCAAAUAAAUUAGACUUGUUAAACGAGAAUUCUGUUGAUCUCGAAAAAGCAAAAGAAUGGGCACAGGAACGAAAUUACAUGUUCUUCCAAGUAUCUGCUAAAACAGGACAAGGCUUAGAUGAAAUGAUACAGGCGGUAAUACACUCCUUAUUCGAAGCAUUUCCUGGACACAAUGAUAUUUCUGGUAUUCAAGUUGAAUAUGAUGCUGAAAAGAAGAAGAAGAACUGUUCUUGCUAA